AUCAAUUACUACCCAGAUUCAGUUAAGAAGAGUCAUGAAGUGAAGCAAGAACAAAUCUGAUCUUUACUUCCUCCCUUUUUUUCUUCUACAAUGCCUCGAGAGGCUGAGCCUUCACUCAAUGAGCGCGCGUUCGUCUUGCAGGCACUACAAGAAGGUUUGCGCAUCGAUGGUCGUGCCUUUGAUCAGUACCGAAAUCUAGAGCUCAAGUUUGGUGACCAAUAUGGAGUCGCGGAUGUAACAUUAGGGAAGACAAGAAUACUUGCGAAAGUGUCCGCCGAAGUCACAGUACCUUACGUCGAUCGACCUUUCGAUGGCGUCUUCACCAUCACCACAGAACUCAGCCCUAUGGCGUCGCCAGCAUUCGAAGUCAACCGACCAACAGAGACAGAAAUUCUACUUUCAAGACAAAUCGAGAAGACGGUGCGGCGGUCUAAUGCCCUAGAUACCGAGUCACUAUGUCUCAUCGCGGGCCAAAAAUGCUGGUCUAUAAGGGUUGAUCUACACGUCCUCUCACAUGAUGGCAAUCUCAUCGACGGAUCCUGCUUCGCUGUCGUAGCAGCAUUGCGCCACUUCCGAAAACCGGAUACAAGCAUAGAAGGGGAGACUUUGACCGUGUACACACCCGCAGAACGAGAGCCUGUGCCGCUAAGUUGGCUACAUUCGCCGUUUUGCGUCACCUUCAGCUUCUACGGAGACGAAGCGGAUAUUGUAUUGCUGGACGCAACUCUCCUGGAAGAGCAGAUGAAGGUAUCUAGCUGUACCAUCAGCCUCAAUAAGCACGGGGAGAUCUGCCAGAUCGCGAAGUUGGGAGGAACACCGGUGGAGGCGUCCACGCUGCUCCAGUGCACCGCCGUGGCACUCCAGAAGGUUAAGGAGUUCUCAACAUUAUUAGAUCAAAAGCUAGCCGCAGACUCCAAACGGAGGGAUAAAGGUGGACUUUUGGCGGAGUUGUCCGCCGAGAACGAGAGAUAGCAGAUCACUCAUAUGGAUACUGCUUCCGUAGAUAACCGAACAAAAUAGAUACCCAUGCUUCAGAGGCCAGCCCUCUAGAUGAAUUUGAACCCAUAAGUUCCAAUCCUUG